AACACACAAUCAUGAGUUGGCUUGAGAAACGCAACGACGCCAUUCAGGUGAACCCGAACACCCAGAACAAUAAGCAUGUCGACAUCGCCAUCACCGUCCGCGGUUCGGACUUUUACUUUGCCAUUUGCGCUGUCAUGGGCUUUGUCGCUUUGGGCACGAUCGCUGCUUCUGCCAUGAAGCCUCGUACCGACCGUAUCUUCUUUUACAUCACCGCCGCUAUCAACAUGACUGCCUGUAUUGCCUACUUCACCAUGGGCUCUAAUCUUGGCUGGACACCUAUCGAUGUCGAGUUCCCAAGGACGUGGUCUAAGGUCGCUGGUGUUAACCGCGAGAUCUUCUACGCCCGUUACGUUGACUGUGAAUUAACAUAUCUAGGUNUUGUCACCACACCGCUGCUCCUGAUGGACCUUCUCCUUACCGCUGGUCUGCCUUGGCCUACCAUCCUCUAUACUAUCUUCCUCGACGAGGUCAUGAUCAUCACUGGUCUCAUCGGCGCUCUUGUCAAGACUCGUUACAAAUGGGGUUUCUGGACCUUCGGUACCGUGGCCAUGUUCGCUAUCUUCUGGAACCUCGCAGUCGAAGGCCGCAAGCACGCCAAACACCUCGGCUCCGACGUCUACCGUUGCUACCUCAUCUGCGGUGUUCUGACUCUCUUCGUCUGGCUCUGUUACCCUAUUGCCUGGGGUGUAUCCGAGGGUGGCAAUGUCAUCCCUCCUGAUUCAGAGGCUGUCUUCUACGGAGUCUUGGAUUUCCUGGCCAAGCCUUGCUUUUCCAUUGCGCUGAUUGCUGGACAUUGGAACAUCAACCCUGGCCGUAUGGGUCUCAAGUUGAGAGACUACGAUGAAGAGCCGGCUUACUUUGGACCUAAGAAUGGUGCUGAGGCUGAGAAGGACCGUCGUCGCGCUGAUAAUGCUGUUGAUGGUGUCGCA